GCCGAAGUAGAGCGACCGCUAACGUCGUCUACUGAGUGGUCCAUCUGCUUUUUACGGAAAAUUCACUAAUAACUAUGGUCGUAUUUUUUCCCACGGAUUUUUUUGCGUUGUAAUUGAACGUGGGACUCCCCGAAAGGACGUUAUUACAUAUUUUAAAUUGAAGCAUCGGCGAAAAGGGAUUGCUACACAAGCUAGCAGCAGCAGCGGCGGCAGCGCUCGACUUGGACAAGUCAGCUGCCAACACUUCAAAGCUACCGGGGGGCAAAUUUUCGUGGUUCGGACUGUAAUGCGGCGAUAACAAACGUGGCUGGUUGUCGCUAGGUAACUUUUUGUACUCGAAAAGGCUCGGGAUCAGCUUGAGAUGAUGAGCUAAAUAAAGCCACUGCCUGGAUUCGAACCAGCGGCAGACGAACAGCUGCGGAGGAGAUGAAUCAGCUUUUGUGGCGAGACAAGCGCCUGGCGGAUAGGUUGGGAAACAACUCUCCCAAUGGACUCCCUCCAGGCUUUCCAGUCACUGUGCUCCCUCCAGGAUCGAACUCAUCUUGGGCGCCCAUCGGUCCAGUGGUCAGACCAGAGGAGCCGAUAUUCCUCAUGACGUCCACUGCUCAAACUAUAUCAGGGUUUUUUGUUUGGACUGCUCUUCUGAUCACAUGUCACCAGAUCUACAUGCACUUGCGUUACUACAGCUCCCCAAACGAGCAGAGACACAUAGUGAGGAUUCUCUUCAUAGUCCCUAUCUACGCCUUCGAUUCCUGGCUCAGCCUCCUUUUCUUCACCAAUGAGGAGUAUUACGUGUACUUCGACACGGUUCGAGACUGCUAUGAAGCGUUUGUCAUCUAUAACUUCCUGAGUCUGUGUUACGAGUAUCUGGGAGGAGAGAGCGCCAUCAUGGCUGAAAUCCGAGGGAAACCCAUUGAGUCCAGCUGCAUGUAUGGGACCUGCUGUUUGUGGGGAAAGACCUACUCCAUCGGGUUCCUCAGGUUUUGUAAACAGGCGACUCUCCAGUUCUGCGUGGUCAAACCCCUGAUGGCAGUGAUCACUGUCAUUCUUCAAGCCUUUGGGAAAUACAAAGAUGGAGACUUUAAUGUGGCUAGUGGCUACCUGUAUGUCACUAUCAUUUAUAACAUCUCGGUCAGCUUGUCGCUCUACGCGCUCUUCCUCUUCUACUUUGCUACACGUGAGCUGCUUGUCCCUUACAACCCCGUACUCAAGUUCUUCAUGGUCAAGUCGGUCAUCUUUCUCUCCUUCUGGCAGGGGAUGCUGCUGGCCAUCCUGGAGAAAUGCGGAGCGAUUCCUCAGAUCAACUCGGCCGACUUCUCCGUGGGAGAAGGAACGGUCGCCGCUGGAUACCAAAACUUCAUCAUUUGCAUCGAGAUGUUCUUCGCCGCCGUCGCUCUGCGCCACGCCUUCACUUACAAAGUCUACAUGGACAAGCGGCUGGACUCGUAUGGCUCAUUUCCUAUUUAUGGACAAUACGGUCGCUGUGCCCCAAUGAAGAGCAUCUCCAGCAGCCUGAAGGAGACCAUGAAUCCAGGGGACAUGGUCCAGGACGCCAUCCAUAACUUCUCCCCGGCCUAUCAGCAGUACACCCAGCAGUCCACGCUGGAGCGAGGCGGCGGGCCGUCCCUGUCCCGCAGCCACAGUAACCUCAGCGCCCGCGGAGACAACGAGAAGACCCUGCUGCUCAGCUCCGACGACGAGUUCUGAGACMGAGACACGCUCUAACGCUCACUUUACCUCUGCAGUCCGUAUUGACGUAUCCUCAGCCGUGUGAGACAAAUCAGAUCUUCUAUUCAAGCCUUAAACAUGAAAGGUGGGAUUAGUUUUCAUUUUUGGAUUAGAGUGAAAGCUCAGAUUUCUCUUACACCUAAAACAUGGUGGACUGCUGCGACAGGAAAGGGAUGAAUGAAUGUUAUGAGCGUAGAAAGAACGAAUAGAACAAGAAAAAAGGCUGAGCAGAAAGAAAAUUCAAAUGGGACGGUUUAUGUCUGAGUUGUUUGUGUUGGUGUCAUAUUGCAGCUGUGGCUACAGAUAAUAACGAAACGAUCUCCUGAAUACUGGUUAGUACAAAUCACUGUGCCUGCAUAAAGCAUCUCUAAUAAUGCACUUUAAUGGCUACUGCAGAAAAACAAGCCAGAAGAUAAACAAAAAGUGCCAUCUUCACUGAAACACAUCUUUAAAUCUUUCAUUUUAUUCCUGCUUUAUAAACAAUGAGAGCAGACCCCCCACUUAGUGAGACGAGCUGUUUUUGACUUUAGAAUUGCUGAAUAUUUAAACAAAGGUAAGAAAUAAAAACUUUGAGUAACUGGCUUUUAAUGUUUUAAUCACAAAAAAAACAUUUUAUAUUUCCUGUUGUAUGACUUAAAAUAUAAAACUUGUUGCAGCAAAGUACUUUAGAAAUGUUGUAAAAUAUAAACUGUAUUUUUGUGGGAUUGUUUCAUCAGUAAAACUAAAGUGUAAAAAGUUUAUCUGCUGCCCGACGGAGGAGAUUGUGGAGGACUAAAUGAAACAGCUGUACCAGAGAUUUUAUUUAUUUUUAUUUUGAAAGCAUGAGCAGAGGGACUGCGGACUGGACCCAUGCAGAUUACAGAUACAGCUCCUCCAGAUGAUAUUCUGUAAUCUACUAAUUUAUGGUGUGUUCAGACUUGCCCCUGCUCCUCCUGCUUCUUAAAUGUUGUUGAACUGAUCUUAAUUUACAUUCCUAAUAUAUACAUUUGACCCUUUUUUUUUCUUUAUUUUUGGUUUGUUUGAAAACUUGCUAAAUGUGUACGUGGAUGCAUGGAAGCAGAACAUGAUCACCUUCUGCUGGUUUACUCUCAGAGAUGAUUUAAAUCUGAGUCAUUUUUCUUUUAGCUGCCACUUUCUGGAUCUUGAGUGCAACAGUUGAGUUUAGGGUUAAGAGAAGUUCAAUUACUGAAAUAUUCAAAUAUGGUUUUGCCUUUUUAAGGGAACAUUAUUACCCUUAUCUUAGCCCUCAGGUAACAGCAUAUCUAAKUGAAGCUUACUGAUUCUACGACAUUAUAAAAUGUUUUAAACAUAGUGGAUGUGUAAAUAGUUUCUCAGAGCACUGUGACUUAUUUAUGGUGUUGACUGUAAUGAUGUUUGGUACAGUGCUUUGUUUGUAUACUUGAGCUUUUUAUUAUUUUCAUUUGACAUAAUGCUACAGUUUUAUUUUUAGUUGUAUACUUUUUUAAUAUGUAUAUUAGGUAUUUGUUUGGACGUUAUGUUGGUUUCUGUUGGUGUUGCAAAGGGAAUAAAGGACAAAAGAAAAAUAAUACAAA